ACUAUAAAUCUGCUGAGCCUGCUCCACUGAUUCACCCCUUCUACCUUCACAACCUUGAAGAUUGAAAAGAAUUCUGAAAAGAAAUAUUAAACUAAGAGGUUCCCUUUUUGCAGUUAGUGGCACUGCAUGUGAUAAGGAAUCACUCAGUUUAACUUUAUAUAUGCGUAUCACCCCUCGGUCAUCUAUCAUAUACCCCUUCUCCUUCCCUCCUUAUAACAUCACUGAUUUCUCAGCACUUGCUAAAUCCCUCUCCAUCUUUUGCAUGUCCAAGAACUUUUUUCCAAAUUCAGAAUAACAAUUUGGCAUUUCAUCAGUCUCCAUUCAUAGGACAAAUGGGUGAGGAAGCAAAACAGGAACAAGUACAAUCGGUGGCUGAAGCCAAGCCUGAGGAGAAGAAAGAAGAGAUGGCAGAGGAAAAGAAGGAAGAAAAGCCAGAAGAAGAGAAGAAGGAAGAGCCUAAACCACCUUCCCCAUGUGUGCUGUUUGUGGACUUGCAUUGUGUGGGAUGUGCCAAGAAAAUUGAGAGAUACAUUAUGAAAAUGAGAGGAGUUGAAGGAGUGGUAAUUGACAUGGCUAAGAAUGAAGUGACCAUAAAGGGUAUAGUGGAGCCUCAAGCAAUCUGCAACACAAUCACCAAGAAAACUAAGAGAAGAGCAAGUGUUAUAUCUCCGUUGCCUGAAGCAGAAGGAGAACCUAUACCUGAAGUUGUCAAUUCUCAGGUUAGUGGACCAGUUACUGUGGAACUUAAUGUAAACAUGCACUGUGAGGCCUGUGCUGAGCAACUCAAGAGGAAGAUACUACAAAUGAGAGGAGUUCAAACAACAAUGACAGAGUUUAGCACAGGGAAGGUUCUUGUGACAGGAACCAUGGAUGCAAACAAGCUAGUGGAUUAUGUAUAUAGACGCACCAAAAAGCAAGCCAAGAUAGUUCCCCAGCCAGAACCUGAACCAGAAAAGAAAGAAGAGAGCAAAGAAGCUGAAAAACCUGCAGAAGAAGAGAAUAAACCAGAAGAGAAGAAAGAAGAGGAGAAGCCACCAGAGGAACCAAAGAAAGAAGAGGGUGGUGAGGGUGGUGGUGAGAACAAAGAAGAAAAGGGUGGUGAAGAAGGCAAAGAAGAAGCCAAAAAAGAAGACAAUGUGGUGGUGGUGGCUAAUAACAUUGACGACGAAGGCUUGAAGAGAAUGAUGUACUAUUACCAGUACCCUCCACUUUAUGUCAUUGAAAGAAUACCACCUCCACAACUCUUCAGUGAUGAAAAUCCUAAUGCAUGCUGCAUUACAUGAACUCAUCAUCAUAGGAAUGAGAAAAAGGUUCAAAGUUGUUUGUAAGUACCACCAAUAUGGAAUUUUUUUUUAUUGAGUUGGGUUGGUGGAAUGGGAGGUGUCAAAUGAAAUGGAAUCAUAUGAUAAUAAGUUGAUUGAUGAUAUAUCGUUCUGUCUUUUUUAUGUAUGUACGAUAUAUUAUUAUUACAAAUAGUAACACAUCAUCAUUGUACAAAUGCUCGUGAAAUAUAUAAGUAUCUCCAAGUUUUUUUU